UGGGAUACCGACCACGCGCUUUGCGAUAUGUGAUAGUGGCUCUUUCGGAGAGAUCUGCUCCGGAAUUUGGGGGACGUGGGGUGGGACUAUAUAAAGGAGAGGAUUCUUUUUUUUGUUGGAGGGGUUCUCAUCUUGUUCUUGGGUUUUUGUAGGAAGAGUUGAUACUGGAAUAUUAUAACUUCGUUGAGACGUUGGUGAUAAAUCCGCCAAGUGCUGCUUAGAUAUCGACACGAUGGCUCCAACUUUGGUUCCUAGAGCUUUGGAGGGCAAGCUCGCUCUUAUUACUGGAGCUUCUAGAGGCAUUGGCGCCGCCAUCGCCGAGAACCUCGCCUCCAAAGGCGCAACUCUAAUCCUCAACUACACGUCGCCCUCCUCCAAAGCCCCCACCGAGGAGCUCUCCGCCAAACUCCUCAAAGACCACUCCGUCUCCAGCUACAUAAUCCAAGCCGACAUGGGCACCCUCACCGGCCCCUCGCAACUCAUCGCCUCCGCCAAAUCCGCCCGCGAAGCCGACGGCCGCACCUUCAUUCUCGACAUCAUCAUCAACAACGCCGGCGUGGCAGUAAACGACUUCCUCCCCGCCAUCCAAAUCGCCGAUUUCGACAGCGGAUACCACGUCAACGUGCGCGGGCCCCUCCUGCUCAUGCAAGCCGCGCAACCGCACCUCCCCACCGACCGCUCCGGGCGCAUCGUCAACAUCUCCAGCAUCUCCGCCCAGGCCGGGUUCGUAGGCCAAUCCAUCUACGGCGGCACGAAAGCAGCCUUAGACGCCAUGACGAGGACGUGGGCUAGGGAGUUGAGCGAGAAUGCGACUGUGAAUUCGAUUAAUCCGGGCCCUGUGGCUACCAGCAUGUGGUUUGGGAACUCGGAGGAGUUUAUGGAGGGGAUUAGACCGUUUAUUCAGGGGGCGCCGUUGGAGAAGAUUAGACCCGAGCUGGAUGAUAAGGAGCUUGUGGAGGGGGCGGAGAAGGCGGGGGGGAGGCCGGCGUAUACGUGGGAGAUUGCGGGGGUGGUGGGGAUGCUUUGUACGAAGGAUGCGGGGUGGGUUACGGGGCAGGUUGUGUCGGCGAAUGGGGGUAUGAGGUUUGGUACUGGUUGA